AUGUGCGACCCUAGCUGGAAGCCUUCUAAAACGCAUGGAGCAAUUUAUGAAGCCACUUCUGCAGUCUGUUCCUCGCCAGCUGAAUGUAAUUCUUCUGACACGACAUAUCUUCAGACCUUUCGAGCCUGGGCAGUGUCCAGCAACGAUUGCCUUUACGUCCAGGGACUCUUCGAUAGUGGGAGCCAAAGGGCGUUUAUUCGUGAAGACGUCGCAGAAACACUGAAGCUCCCGGUGACAGGAGAGAUCGAGAUAAGCAUCAACGCUUUUGUGAGUACGUCUUCAAAACCAGUGAGGCUAAAACUGGUGCAAUUUAAGCUUCGUAGUCAGUUCUACAAUGAGGGCAUUGCUCUGGACGCCAUAGUGGUACCUGUGAUCUGCAAAGAGAUUUUCGUGGCACCUAUGCCAGAAGAACAUUUGACACAUCUCGAAGUCGACGACAUAGACGUAGCCGAUGCCGUUAUUUAUCCAGGAGUUCCGGAAGUGUCGGGUAUCAGUGUUUUAGUGGGUGCGGACCAAAUAUGGCAGCUUCUUACCGGAGAAAUCAAGAGGUCCAGAGCCAAUUGCAACCUCGUCGCAAUGAACUCGAAGCUCGGGUGGACGUUCUUGGGCCCCAGCGGGUUACGUGGUUUUGUCGCGAGACAAUCAAAAGGUAUGGUCUACGUGCUCCAUUCCAACGUCGGGCAAGAAUGCUUUCCUUCAGCUGCCGACUGGAAAAGGUUUUGGGAGCUUGAAAGCAUUGGUAUUGUUGACGACCUCGAGCCUCCGCAUAAUAACUCUGUCUUGAAGGUUUUCAAAGGAUCUCUUGCAAGGAACGAGGAACGCUAUGAAGUGCGACUUCCCUGGAAGACAACUAAAACUCCUUUGGACCCGAAUUUCGAAGUAGCGAAGACUCGUGUGAAAAGGCUGGUCUGUCGACUAAGUGAAAACGAAGAGCUACAUCAGAAGUACGACAGAGCAAUACGUAGCUAUAUACAUGAUGGACACGCUGAACAAGUCCCCAUGAGGAGUGCAGAGUGCCCAGCGAUGACGUCUGAACGCAUUUAUUACAUGCCGCAUCGCGAAGUUCGCAAGGAGGAAUCGUCGUCGACCAAAAUUCGGAUCGUUUUCGACGCAUCGUCUCACGCCCGCGCUUGCACUCACUGA